ACGUGAAGCAAUUCUCAAAUAGCUCCUUUCAACUAAUCGAGAGAAACCCCAGAGUGCAAGACACAACAGAAAAGGAUAACAUCAAGAAGAAGAAAACAGAAUGGGAUUUAUUAAUUGGAUGGUGCUUUUUGCCUUGAUAGGCAUAGGCUCUCAGAGUUCAGCGUCAUCAGAAAUCACAGUGUCGAUAUUCACCGUAACAUCUAAGAGUAUGACCGUGCAGUGGAGCAGAUGCUCAGGAGCCAGUUCCUACAAGAUCACAGCAACCUCCAAGAACUCCCUGGAUGCCUCAGCCUUCGCCCAGUUCGGUGCCAACUCUGUGAUGGGCUCCAUCAACUCUCUAACCCCCAACAAUAUGUACAUCAUCAGGGCUGAAGCCAUGGAUAACAGCCUGAAUGUUUUGAGCCAGGCUGAAGUAGAAGAGACCACCGCUUCUGAGGUGCCCACCAUCAACAUGGCAACAUCAAAACAGAGUGAGAGCAUGACCGUGGAGUUCACUCAGGUGUCCGGUGCCACUUCCUACAUCCUGCGUGCCGAGACCGCCGACAUGUCCUUCUUCUGCGAAACCAAGGUGUCCUCUUCCCCUGGGACCGUGCUCAACCUUCAGGCCUACACCGACUACACUCUCAGUGUCAUGUCCGUCAACAGCGGAGGCAGAAGCCAGCCUUCCCUCCCUGUGGUAGCAAAGACAGUGGUUGCUGCGCCCAAGCUCAACUCCACCUCUCCCAGCAAUGACACCAUUGUGGUGGGGUGGGAGCCUGUGGACCACGUUUUCCUGUACACCAUUAGCAUCAUCAUGGAGGGCUCAGACAGCAGGGUGAAGCUCAACACCACUGACACCAGCGUGAUCUUCUCUGGCCUGGAGGCUGGGACAACCUAUUGCAUCAAGGGCAACGCCUGGGACCCCGAGAAAAGACAGGGAGACGACUUCACCGUCUGCCAGAUCACACGUCCAUGCAUCCCUGUGCUCACUGAGUUGGAGGUGAGGAUGGUGGGCUCUGAGGCUGGUCUGUCUGUGUCCUGGGCUCCAUCUCAGGGGGCAGGGGAGUACCUGGCUUUCAGCUCCGAGGGGCUGAACUGUACCUCUACCACCGGCGCCUGCACCCUGGCCCCCGUGGGGUGUGGCCAGAGACACACCGUCACCGUGACAGCCAUCAACGAGGGAGGACCCAGCAUCCCUUCUGCUCCUGAGGAGUUCAUCACCUUCCCCUGCCCACCAGAGCCUCUGCGUGUGGAGGAGACCAAGGCAGGUAAUUGCUCUGUGUUGUGGGACGCCAUUCCCUACACCGACACCUACGUGGCCUUCAUCAAGAGGGAUGAUGGUCAGGAGGAGAGGUGCAACACCAGCUCCACCAGCUGUAACUAUCACUGCCAGUGUGGAUACACCUACCUGAUGACUGUGUUCGCCUUCAGCCAGGCUGGAUCCAGCCCACCGGGCCCCGUGCUCAACUACACCACCUUACCCUGUUGUCCCGAGGAUGUGUUCAUCUCCCUGGCCUCCCCCGGCACCCUGGAGAUCAUGUGGUCAGCAGUGCGCGGGGCUGAGGUGUACGAGACGCGGGCGGUGGAAGGGUCAGAGGUCAUCCUGUGUAACGACACGGCACCUGUGUGCGCUCUCUCCGACCUCACCUGUAACAGCCCCUACAGUGUGGUGGUGAUCCCCUGUAAUGAGAUUAGAGGGUGCAACCACACCUGCAGAUCACACACCAAGGAGACAGCUCCCUGUAUGCCAGAGAUCCUGAAUGUGACCCAGAUCAACACCACCAGUGUCAAUGUCAGCUUUAGUGCUCCCAACAGAGCAGGUGCCACCUACAAAGUGAGCGUAGUGGCCCAGGACAACAGAAACACCUGCACUUCCAGAGGAACUUCCUGUGAGAUACAUGACCUGCCCUGUGGCGAGGUCUAUGAGGUCAGCGCCAUAGCAACCACCACCGUGGGCGACAGUUUUCCCAGCUACAGUGUUCCACUGGAAACAGCACCCUGUUGCCCGGCAACCCUUAAUGUUGAACAGGUGACUCAGGCCAUGACCAAUGUCACCUGGUCGAUGGCGAGAGGCACACACACCUACAUGACCUCUCUGACCUCACCGAAAGGCAACGCCCGCUGCCACACCCUGGACACCCACUGCCUGAUGGGAUGCAUCACCUGCGGAACAAACUACACCGUCAGCAUGGAGGCCAUCAGCCGCACUGGACACAUGUCUGAGUGCACCUAUCAUGGCUUCUCAUCCAGUGCUUGUUGUCCAUCGGGCGUGAAGCUGUACAGGAUGGCCAACAACACGCUGCGUGUAUACUGGCGUUCCACUGGCGGUCUCCAUAACUACACGGCCAAGAUGGUUGGUAGCCAGUCCAACUACACCUGCACCCCUCCCCCCGGGGGCAACACCUGUGAAGUGCCGGAGAUCAUGUGUGGGGACGUCUACAACGUAGUGGUGGCCCCUCUCACCCAGGACGGAGCCAUGGUCCAGUUCUGCCCCCAGAGGAUGUACUCAGUUUCCUGCUCGGGAAGCAAUGUUGGAAUGGUAAUCUAUCGAGGAAAGAGAAGUCUGGACUAGCAGAUGUUCCCAGUCCCAUAGAUAUCAGGAGGAGCAGAGACAAGCUUCUCAUCCUCAUUCCCCCAACAUGUCUACCGAUCCCCAAGAGGAAGUGAACCUCUCUACAAAAUAUCCCAGCCAAAAUUAUAGCUUCGUUUAAGACCUGUUUUUGGAUGUGCAAAACAUCUACAGUUACUGAUCUGAACAAAUAUACUGAAUUUAACAACAAAUUCAUCCUGAAUAAGUAGCUUUAUUUUUAUUUUUAUCUAACACUUUUUUAAUUAAGUGUUUUCAUCAUUAUUUUUAAUACAAACGAGAAAUUAAAUGUUUUUAUUUGGAUAUAUGUCAGCAAAAUGCAAUAAAAAGUACAUACUAUUACUGCUACUUAAAAGAUAAGUAGUUACCAGACUAAAUGUGGAUAUGUUACCAGAAUAAAUGUGGAUUAAAUAUAUUGAAGUAGAUGUGUAUUCAGAAUGUUCCACAUUUAAAUCCAUGUAUUGAUUGUACAAAAGUUUACAGAAUUGUACAUCAUGCACAGUAAUUGAAAUGUUUGUUAUUAAAACUGAAACUCAAAUGGCAACUAUCGAUCAUUAAUUGGAAAUGUAAAAAACAAAGAUGAACAACAUGUAAUAAUUGAAGUAGAGUAGCCUUUCCUGCAGUCAAAUGACCAAAUCGUCCUCUAAUGGCCUCAUGGGUGGAAUGUUAUUAAUAUUUUUUAUAAAAAAAUUGAAGCCUAAAAUCCAGUGUUUCUAUGUCAAACAGUUUCAUUAUAUUUUUGUCUUCUGUGAUGUACAGUGCAUUCGGAAAGUAUUCAGACCCCUUGACUUUUUCCACAUUUUGUUACAUUAGUCUUUUUCUAAAGUGGAUUAAAUAAAAUGUUCCUCAUCAAUCUACACACAAUACUCCAUAAUGACAAAGCUAAAACAGGUUUUUAGAAAUGUUUGCAAAUGUAUUAAAAAUAAAAAAGUAUUUAGACCCUUUGCUACGAGACUCGAAAUUGAGCUCAGGUACAUCCUCCUUCCAUUGAUCAGCCUUGAGAUGUUUCUACAACUUGGUUGGAGUCCAUCUGUGGUAAAUUAAAUUGAUUGGACAUGAUUUGGAAAGGCACACACCUGUCUAUAUAAGGUCACACAGUUGACAGUGCAUGUCAGAGCAAAAACCAAGCCAUGAGAAAUUGUCCGUAGAGCUUUGAGACAGAAUUGUGUAGAGGCACAGAUCUGGGGAAGAGUACCAAAACAUUUCUGCAGCAUUGAAUGUCCCCAAGAACACAGUCUUCCCAUCAUUCUUAAAUGGAAGAAGUUUGGAACCACUCUUCCUAGAGCUGGCCGCCCAGCAAAACUGAUCAAUCGGGGGAGAAGGACCUUGAUCAGGGAGGUGACCAAGAACCCGAUAGUCACUGAUUUAGCUCCAGAGUUCCUCUGUGGAGAUGGGAGAACCUUCCAGAAGGACAACCAUCUCUGCAGCACUCCACCAAUCAAGCCUUUAUGGUAGAGUGACCAGAUGGAAGCUACUCCUCAGUAAAAGGCACAUGACAGCCUGCUUGGAGUUUGCCAAAAGGCACCUAAAGGAUUCUCCGACCAUGAGAUUUAACUCUUUGGCCUGAAUGCCAAGCAUCACAUCUGGAGGAAACCUGGCACCAUCCCUACGGUGAAGCAUGGUGGUGGCAGCAGCAUGCUGUGGGGAUGUCUUUCAGCGGCAGGGUCUGGGAAGACUAAUCAGGCUUGAGGGAAAUAUGAACGGAGCAAAGUACAGAGAGAUCCUUGAUGAAAACCUGCUCCAGAGCGCUCAGGACCUCAGACUGGGGCUACGGUUCACCUUCCAACAGGACAACGACCCUAAGCACACAGCCAAGACAACGCAGGAGUGGCUUCGGGACAAGUCUCUGAAUGUCCUUGAGUGGCCCAGCCAUAGCUCGGACUUGAACCCGAUCUAACAUCGCUGGAGAGACCUGAAAAUAGCUGUGCAGCGAUGCUCCCCAUCCAACCUGACAGAGCUUGAGAGGAUCUGCAAAGAAGAAUGGGAGAAACUCCCCAAAUACAGGUGUGCCAAGCUUGUAGCAUCAUACCCAUGAAGACUCUAGGCUGUAAUCACCUCCAAAGGUGCUUCAACCAAGUACUGAGUAAAGGGUCUGAAUACUUAUGUAAAUGUGAUAUUUCAGUUAAAAUUGUUGUAUACAUUUUCAAAAAAAUUUAAAAAACAGUUUUUGCUUUGUUAUUAUAGGGUAA